UGCUGCGUUCAAGUUGCGCAGUGUCCCGUCCGGACUGGAGGCAGCGAGAGGGCCAACUUUCACUAUCUGCAUUGCAGCCCGAGCGCUGCUGCCCACCGGCCCGCCGGAACCCCACACAACAAUGGCGACUCCCAGUCCUGACAGCAACUCCUCGAGCUCCAGCAACAGCUUCAGCAUUGUAGGAUCGGCGUCGCAUCAAUUCCACCAGCAGACACCGAGUAGCAAUAUGCAAGAAACCAACAGCUGCUGGAGAUGUCAAAAUGAAACAGGAUUUCAGAUAAGCUUCUCUGGAGUUUCCCAAAGUAAACGUAAGGCGCUGAAGCUAAAUUUCGCCAGCCCUCCGGUGAAGCCAGCGUCCCGCCCCCCGCUCAAUCCAACACCCCCAGCGUUCCAAAGCACCCACAUAGAGCGGCUGAGAACACACAGCAUUGAAUCAUCGGGGAAGCUUAAGAUUUCUCCUGAGCAGCACUGCGACUUCACGGCUGAGGAUCUGAGAGACCUCGGGGAGAUCGGCCGCGGGGCCUACGGCUCCGUCAAUAAGAUGGUCCACAAACCCACGGGCCAGAUUAUGGCAGUCAAGAGGAUUCGUUCCACCGUUGAUGAAAAGGAGCAGAAACAGCUGUUGAUGGAUCUCGACGUGGUGAUGAGGAGUAGCGACUGUCUGUACAUUGUUCAAUUCUACGGGGCUCUCUUCAGGGAGGGAGACUGUUGGAUUUGUAUGGAGCUCAUGUCUACCUCAUUAGACAAAUUUUAUAAAUAUGUAUAUUGUGCAUUCGAUGAUGUCAUUCCAGAGGAGAUAUUAGGCAAAAUAACUUUAGCGACGGUGAAAGCACUGAACCACUUAAAGGAAAACUUGAAAAUAAUCCACAGAGACAUCAAACCUUCCAACAUUCUUAUGGACCGAAAGGGGAACAUCAAGCUGUGUGAUUUCGGCAUCAGCGGCCAGCUGGUGGACUCCAUAGCCAAGACCAGAGAUGCUGGCUGCAGGCCUUACAUGGCACCUGAAAGAAUAGACCCCAGUGCCUCGAGACAAGGUUACGACGUCCGUUCUGAUGUGUGGAGCUUGGGAAUCACCUUGUAUGAGCUGGCCACUGGAAGGUUUCCGUACCCCAAGUGGAACAGCGUUUUUGAUCAGCUGACCCAAGUGGUGAAAGGAGAGCCUCCGCAGCUCAGUAAUUCCGAGGAGAGGCAGUUCUCCCCCAAGUUCAUCAAUUUUGUUAACUUAUGCCUUACAAAGGAUGAAUCGAAAAGGCCAAAGUACAGGGAGUUGCUGAAACAUCCGUUCAUUCUCAUGUACGAAGAGCGCUUUGUAGAUGUGGCCACUUACGUGUGCCGGAUCCUGGAUCAGAUCCCCACCUCUCCCAUCUCUCCUAUGUAUGUGGACUGAAGGAGUUGGGAGGAAAAGCCAUCCAGCUUUGUGUGGUAAUGCCCGCAAUCUUAGCACCUGGACUUUGACAGAUUCACCAAUUUAGUUCCAAAGAGAGGAACACGAGUGGUGCGGUGAGAUAGAUGAAUAUUGUUAAGACGACUAUUCUACCACACCUCAUCUAAAGUUGUUCACAAAAAAGAAUCAACCAAAUAAAAAGACAGAGCAAUGGUGCUAAAAAUAGCCCACUAUUGGAUUGUGCGUUGUCGACUGUACGUAUACUUUUGUGUGUUCACCUCCUGAAGAAAUGUACAGAUGUAAUCAGCUAGACAUACUCUGUAAACACACACAGCCAUCUUGGAUUUUAGCGGCACUCUAAGUAUGUUAAGCGCGCUUAUCUGGGUCAAUAAUUCUGGAUCUGGUUGUGUGGCUUCAUGUCCUUCUUUUGAGGGUCUUGUCUUAACACACAAUUAGCACAAUAGUUAAUAAUGCUCACGCUCAAGGUCAGCCCAGUUUGCGGCUCUCCUGUAAUUGCGUUCAAGUCACUGAGAUAAGCAUUGAACUAUUUAUAAUUAUGAUUGGAAAUCUAAAUGUACAUUUAAAAGUGCACACUGAUAAAUUGAUUGAUUUUAUUUCUAUUGCAGACAAAUUAAAUGCUUAUCUCUGUGACUCGAAAAUAAUGACAAUGCACAAACUGGCUAAUGCAAUCCUUGCCUGAUGUAAAGUUACUUGAUGUAUAUGUGUAUGUAUAUAGUGCAUCUAAUCUGCUGUUAUUGGGCAGGUUUUGCAAGAAGGCCAUUAAGGCCCAGUCGAACAAAGCCAAGAGAUUGGUGGGGAGUGCAGGUUAAAGAAAAAAAAAAGAAAAAAGAAAUCAUCGAGUGGACUUUUCAGUUUGGGAGUGGGCCUUGAUGCCUCUUAGCAUCCUGUCCUUGCACUGUACAGUUUGACUGCUCAUCCACACUGAUCACAGAUCCACCAUGCUGCAUUACAAAGACAAACAGGUCCAACUAUUUUACAAAUAGCCCGCCAAGGGUUUCCUCCUCCUAACGGAAAAAACGACAAAUGCUGCUAAAUAACGUCCUCUUCCAUAAACUGUUGGGAGUGCUGAAAGACUUUAAUGGUCAAACACGGACUCGGCAUGUUCCUCUAAGCAUGUCGCUCUGGCUUGCACUGAAUAAUAAAAUAAAACAUCACAUUAUGUAUUUCAAUCGAAAUGCCAGAAUUUGUCUAAUAGAGGCCAGAGAGGUCGUAAAUUGGGACUAUUGAAAUGAUUGCAGUAGGUCAACUGGAGAAUUCUGUCACUACUUAUCUGUCUGUCUAUCUGUAAUGCGGAAAUGGUGCAAAGCUACCAAAAAAAAAAGAUCUGUUCCUCACCUAUGGGGUAUGUUUUCUAGCCCCAGUGACUGGGAUACAUGUAUAAAUUGCAAUCUACUAGAAUGUUCAUAUUAGAUUAUAAAAUAAUAUUAAGGGCAAUUAAUAUUGUAUGUCUAUUGAGGGUUAUCAAUAAAGUUCCUGUGGAAAAGA